UUCUCCUCACAUCCAUGUUAGACUCAUGUCCACGUCCUUCGUGUCUCGCUGUCACUCAUGCAUGCAUGCACGAAAAUAACAUCUUAAAUGUUAACCCUCCCGAAUUGUGCGUGAUAACACGAAGUCUUAUCACGCACAAGUCUUAUUAUGAACGGGAAGGCCAUUUGAGCAAACACGCUGACCACUACACACACGGUGACGCAAUAACCGAAAACCACUCAAGAGUCGGUGAUGGUUCUCACUGGUCAUCUAUCGGACCCCCUCCUCCGCUCGGUCUAGUUUGGCCAGCCGGAGAGCAUCCCUGCCCCGCCGUACUGAACGUGAUGCUGGUGCUGAUGCUGUAAACACGGCGCGCGGCGGCGCAGACCCGAGCGGGACCAUCGGACCUGGCCAGUGGGGAGGAUGGAGCCCAGCGAGGAGGACAGCAACACACACAAGCAGCAGCAAAUGCCUUCAAUGCCUUUCAGCGUGUUCGAUAAACUGUUUGGCAAACGCCUUCUGCAGGCCAGACGAUACAUCAUGUCUCGCAAGUCCUGGCUGAAGAUGGUCCCGACAGACAACUGUGACAUCCUGAUGACUUUCCCAGACAGCGUUGACGACCACACGUUGCUAUGGCUCCUCAACCAGAUCCGCGUUGGAAUUCCUCAAGUCAACAUCCAGAUCCGACAGCACAAACACACGCAGGAGCACGCCUUCUUCAUCACCACCUCCUUCGAGAAUCUCCUGCAGGGGGCUGAGAUGAUGGGAAUGCACAAGGCGGUGAAGGCCCAGUACGGCGGGGGGAGUCGGAGGUUCUCCUGCGAGGAGGACAACAUCUACGAGAACAUCGAGAGCGAGCUCUGCUUCUUCACCUCCCAGGAGCGUCAAAGCAUCAUAAGGUACUGGCUGGACAACCUGAGAGCCAAACAUGGGGAGGUGCUCCACAAUAUUCACUUCCUGGAGGGACAGCCAAUCAUGCCGGAGCUGGUGGCCAGGGGGGUGAUCUGUCAGAUGUUCCCCCUCCACGAGCAGAGGAUCCUGGGCCAGCUGAUGACCUCCUGGGUGCAGGCUGUGUGUGAGAAACAGCCCCUGGAUGAUAUCUGCGACUACUUUGGAGUGAAGAUCGCCAUGUAUUUCGCCUGGCUGGGGUUUUACACCAACUCCAUGCUGUACCCUGCAGUCAUCGGCUUCCUGCUCUGGAUCCUAGCGGAGGCCGACCAGACCAGCCAGGAUAUCUGCUGCGUGGUGUUUGCCCUCUUCAACGUGGUGUGGGCCACGCUGUUCCUGGAGCGCUGGAAGCGGCGGGAGGCCGAGCUGGCCUACAAGUGGGGAACGCUGGACACCCCGGCCGAGUCCCUGGAGGAGCCCCGGCCACAGUUCAGGGGGGUGAAGCGCUGCAGCCCCAUCACGGGCUGUGAGGAGUUCUACUACCCCGCCUGGAAGAGGGCCCUGUUCAGGUGGCUGGUCAGUCUGCCCAUCUGCAUUCUCUGCCUCUGCUUCGUCUUCGUGGCCAUGCUGCUGUGCCUGGAGCUGCAGGAGGUGGUGAUGGAGAUUAAAGAGUUGCCUGGUAUCACACGGUUUCUCCCUAAAAUAGUUCUGGCCAUUACUGUGACCAUAUGCGACGAGGUGUAUAAGAAGAUCGCCUACUGGCUCAACGAUAUGGAGAACUACCGCCUCCAGAGUGCCUAUGAGAACAACCUCAUCAUCAAGAUGGUGUUUUUUGAAUUCAUCAACUCUUAUCUCAGCCUUUUCUACAUCGGAUUCUACCUCAAGGAUAUGGAGCGUCUGAAGGAGAUGCUGGCUACGUUACUCAUCUUCCGGCAGUUCCUGCAGAACGUCAAAGAGGUUCUCCAGCCGUACCUCUAUGAGCAGAACAAGCUGGGGGUCUUCACCCCCCAGGUGAUGUGGGAGUUACUCCAGACCAUCGUGGUGAAAUAUGGCCGGCUGGCCCUAGGAAAGGCCCAGGCCUCGAUGAUGGCCUACUCCUUUCUGGGGCCCAAGGGCCAGCCGGUGCCCCAGGGCAACCCAGAGCUGAAGAAGAGAGGGGACCUGAAGGCCGGCUUCAGGCUGACGGAGGAGGAGUGGGACAUGAACGACAGCGCGCUGCGGCAGCGCAAGGUGUGCUUCACCGAGAAGGUGGAUUACCAGGAUGUGACAUCAGAGACGCAGGCAGCCAAUGAGAAGAGCCUAGAGGACAGCCCCACAAUGGUGGAAGACGGAAUGGAACGGUCUAGUAUUUUCGACAGCUGUGAUGAUGACAGCGAUGCUGAGACUCUGUCUGCACAGGAGCCUAAAGAGAUCCCCGGGGCCUCUCCUCCCAACGGGCUGAACCAGAGGAGGAGGACUGCGGCGGAAGGGAAGGAGGACAAGAGGUCGUGGAUCGAACCCCCGGCCGAACCCAAAGGGGUGACACUGACCCAGGCCCAGAUCGAGAGCUGCAUGCAGACCUACGAGGACACGCUGCAGGACUACCAGGAGAUGUUCAUCCAGUUCGGCUACGUGGUGCUGUUCUCCUCGGCCUUCCCCCUGGCCGCCAUGUGCGCCCUCAUCAACAACAUCAUCGAGAUCCGCAGCGACGCGCUGAAGCUGUGCACCGGCCUGCAGCGGCCCUUCGGACAGAGAGUGGAGAGCAUCGGCCAGUGGCAGACCGCAAUGGAAGCCAUGGGCCUCAUAGCCAUCAUAGUGAACUGUUACCUGAUCGGUCAAUGCGGUCAGCUGCAGCGUCUCUUCCCCUGGAUGAGUCCUGAGAUGACCAUCAUCUUCAUCGUCCUACUGGAGCACUUUGCAAUCCUGCUUAAGUACGUCAUCCAUGUGUCCAUCCCUGAUAUCCCGGGCUGGGUAGCAGACGAGAUGGCCAAGCUAGAGUACCGGCGAAGGGAAGCUUUCAAGAAACACGAGCGUCAGGCCCAGCAGCACUUCCAGCAGCAGCUGCGGCGGCGGCGCGAAGAGGAGGAGCUCCAGCGGCAGGCGGAGCUGCAGGCAGAGGCCCGCCAGGAGGCGGACCACCAGCACCAGCACCACCACGACAAGGCUCAGGGGGGCGGAGGUAAGGCGGGCGAAAAGCCCAAGAGGCCCAGCUCCCUGCUGGGCAACAACAACGUGAUGAAGCUGAAGCAGAUCAUCCCCCUCCAGGGGAAGUUCUCCUCAGGAGCAUCACGUUCCCCCGCCCAGUCCCCCACCGGGGGCGAGGCCAAGCUGCCCGGCUUCCUCAACAACUUCAAGUUCCUGAAGUCGUCCCCCGAGGGGAAGAAGGACGGGCCGGCGGGGGGCGCGGCGGGGACGCCCCCCGCCGCCCCCGCUGGCCAGGAGCGCCCGCAGUCCCCCAACCGGACAUUCAGCCCCGGGAAGCUGUUCAGCUUCAGCAAGUCAGAGGGCACGGUGGUGUGUGCCAACGGGACGCAGCCCCCGCGGGCGGGCGAGGCGUCCGGCACGCAGCCCAGCAGGGCGGAGCUGAACUCGGCCAGCUUGGACGAGCUCCCGUCCAACGACUCGCAGGACAAGGGCGACACGAGGCAACACUCGGACGCUUUCGAGAACAACGCCUCCCGGAGCUAGGAGGGUCAUGGGCUUUUGAUAACAUGUAUUUGGUUAGGUAUUUAAAUUAACAUUCAGAUUCACAAGUGGUUGAAAAGUGCUUUCAAUUGUUACAGACACUAGAACAUCUCCUUGAGGUUUGAAUUUGGAACCCCUUCACUAUAUGUUGGCAGUGACAGAAAGGACUAUCGUCUUUCCCACAUUGAACUUUUCACUGUAACCGUUCAGUAAUAUUGACACCUUUAAGCUAAGCAUCUUCGGUGAAUUGAUUGUUAUUAUUGUUAUUAUUAUCAAUGCGGCAGAGUGCAAUGUAAACCUAUGUGUGGAACAUUCUAGCACAGGAGUGUGAGUCACCGUAACCGUGAAUGCAGCGGUCAACAAAAAAUAGGUAGACGUCGACGCUUUUCGCUUUUUUAAAACAAUGGAAAAGUUGAAAUAGUUUGAACUUUAAGUGCAGCAUCAAAAUGGGAUCCACCGCAGUGUCGUCGCUCUGUUGGGCUUCAGCGCUCUAGUGAGACCGUCCUGAUAUUUGCGUUUCACAAUGAUCAGUCUGGCCUUGGAUGGAAAGCGAUUGCUUUCUAAACACGGCCGUGGCCUUACGUUGUUCAAAACACUCCAGCCAAUCAGAGUGACGCUCAUGCUCUCUUCGCUCUUGCCUUAUCUGGUUUGAAGAAGUCAAACCAUAUUAAUACAUGAGAGAAGCCUUCCAUGCAGACAUCUGUUCAUCUUUUAACAUCUUUUUCAAAUAUAACUGCUUUGAUUGCUCCAAAGAUCAAUACACCUUCCUUGGGUGCCGGCCGCCAUGUUAUUUUUUUUUAAUUCAGCAGACGGUGGCGUUGCGAGUUCUCCAUGCACUUCAUCUCCCACGGCUAGCACGGAGUGGUCCUAUAUAUUUUGGAUUUUUGGUGAAGAGAUUCACCAGGAUGGAGGCCAGACCGAUGUUCAGAGAGAAACAAUGUGAUGAGAUCUGGAUGGUCUCACAUUGUGACGGACACUCACUUCCAUAAAACCCACCGGCAGCCCUCUGUCAGGAGCCACAUUGCACACAUCCUGUGUAGGACCCCUUUAGGGGUAACGACAGACAAUAAUGGGCAGAAACCAGUAGGCCUUCACUCUUGAUGCAAACUGCUUUUACACCAAAAGCAAUAUAAAGAAUCCCAACAUCACUGUAUAGCUUCCAUGUGCACAUUGUAAAGUAAGUGUUUUGAGGACUUAAUAGCCCGAGGUUGCAUGCCCUAUGGCCUUGGAAAGGUACACCUACUGCUCAGAAAGCCACGUGCCGGUCAUCGAGAGGCCAUGUAUACAACAUCAAUGGUUGUUGUCCCAGUGAUUGUCUUAAAACGCAUGUGUGCAUGAGACCAUGCCCUCCAUAUGAUACGUAUUGUUUUCCGUUCUUCCGUUCUUUUCAAGCACUUUCAAAGCCAUUGUAUUCUUCCGCAAUAGCUCCGAUUAUUUAUCCACCGUGACUGUGAAAAAUUAUAUUCUAUUUUUCUUACCUUUUAAUUUUCUAUGAAUUAUUUUACUACAUUAGAGAAUGUACCUCUGUGAUAAAACAAGAAUCUCACUUUACAUAAAUAAACAUCCAUCAUGAAAACAACUGAAACUUGAAAUGUUGCAUAGAUAUUAAUAAAUGAUAAGCCAUGCAAUGAAUUCUGCAUGCUUCAAUUCAGAAGGUUAUAUACACGAGUAGUUUUAGCACAAGAGGAAAUUUGCUUCUGAUCGCUUUGCAUGUAAUUGAAUCAAAAAGGUAUUAAAAUGCAAGUGGUCGUAAACAUUUAUUUAAACCGCUCGUCUACAACACUAUAAAGUCCUUUGUAUGAGAAACCAACAAAAAAGGUUUGGUGUAUGUCUUAUUUUCCUUUUUUAUGCUGCAUUGUGAGUGACUGAGUCAUGUUGUAUAAAAACUUGGCGUGAAGGCGAUACAUUUAAACUAGAAACCGCCAACGGGGAAAUGCUAAUUAAAUCUUCUGUCCACCUUGUGUUAUGCACAGAUUGAAGCCAACCAUUUGUUUAGGUACAUACCCAGGCAUAAUGAUGAAGCACAAGUAAAACAGUUAUGGAAAUACCAGAUAUUGACGCAGAGCAAUCGAGUAACUGUAAAAACUGUAAAGAAAUUGAGACAUAGGUCCAAGCUGUUCAGUGUUAACUUUGUGUAAUGGUUUGAACUUAUCCAAUUAUAGAACAAAUAUUUUCCCCAAAAGUGCAAACAUGCAAAAGUGUCAAACCUUUAUUAUUUUUAUACUUCAUCCGCCUCUCGCUUCAUGAGCCCCUGUAGAAGUGACCCCCUGAUAAGCUCAGAGUCUGACAGAGAACGCUGGACCAGAUUGAAC